AUGGGCAAGCAGGAGCUAGACGACUCCAGGGACCAGAGGACCUGCGCUUGGAUCUCCAGGAAGUGCCCGUCGGAGAUGGGGACGCUGUGGUACCACUGGUCUCCAGUGCUCAUCAGCCUGGCUGCCCUCUUCUCCAAAGUGGCUGAGAGCCGUGGUGUCCUGGACAGCAUCCAGAGGUUCUCCCUGCUGCCCACCUACCUCCCGGUGACCUACCGUGUCCACGACGCUGACUUGGUCUUCUUCCUCAAGGAGGCCAACCAGGACAUCAUGCGGAACUCCAGCCUGCAGUCCCGGGUGGAAUCGUUCCUUGUCUACAGGUCCCGGGGGCUGCCCGCACUCAGCGCCAGCUACGGGCCCUUCUCUGUGCAGCAGGUGGUGCCUCAGGAACUGAUGCUGCCCUCCAACCCCUUCGGGCCCACCAGCAAGUGCCCGCUCAACUGGAAGCUGAAGGCCUAUGUCCUUCAGGACAGAGCCUACCCGAGCCGGCCCAAAGUGCAGGUUCUGUUCCACAUCGUGGGCCGGGACUGGGAUGACCACAGUGCCCCCGAGCACCUGCCCUGUCUUCGGGUGUUCGCCUUCCGGGAGACCCGAGAGGUCAGGGCCAGCUGCCAGCUGAGAGGGGUGCUCGGGCUGUGUGUGGCCGAGCUGGAGCUGCUACCCAGCUGGUUCAGCGCCCCCACCGUGGUGGCCGGGAGGAAAAAGGUGACUGAGCGGCCUGAGGGGACCCCGGUGGAGCUCUACUACGCCGUGCAGCCGGGGGAUGGGCGUGGGGACUGCGCCAAGGGGAACUCAGGGACCCGCAGUGGCCUGCGGACCAGCCAUGGGGACGUGGACGAAUCCGGGCCGCCCCUGCAGAGGAUCGGAAGUGUAUUUCUGUACCAGGCUUCGAGCCCGCCGGCCCUGCGAGAGCUGCGCUUGGAUCACAAUGUGGCCGUCCACUACCUGCCCAAGACUGUUAGGAAGGGUGACGUUCUCACCUUUCCUAUCUCUGUUGGCAGAAACACCACAGAAGACCAGUUCACACUGAGGGUCAAGGUGAAGAAGGGCGUGAGCAUCGUGGGGGUGCGGGCCAGCAACCCCUCAGUCUGGGACAUCAGAGAGAGCCCGGAUCACGCUGGGAGGCACGCACCAGCUGUCAUCGUGUGUCGGAGGACAUCGGGUGCCUCAGAAGGCAGCUCGGAUGCUGCCACCUACGAAGUCAUGCAGAUCGACGUGGAGAUAGAAGAGCCCAGCAACUCGCCGACCACACAGCUGAUCACCUGGCAGGUCGAGUACCCAGGAGAAGUGACGUCAGAUCUGGGAGUGUCUAAGAUCUACGUGAGCGAGAAGGAGGUGAUGGCAGUGAUUCCGUUGGCCAUGGAGGCAGAGAUCCUGAAUACAGCCGUGCUCACGGGGAAAACUGUGGCCGUGCCGGUGAAGGUGGUGGCGGUGGAUGAGGACGGCACCGUGACGGAGCUGAUGGAGGCCGUGCAGUGCCGGUCCUUGGAUGAAGACGCCAUUAAGGUGUCUGACAGGUGUGACUACGUCUUCGUCAAUGGCAAGGAGAUGAAAGGCAGGGUGGACGUGGUGGUGACCUUUACCUACCUGCACUUGCAGGGGACCCUCGAGAUGACUGUGUGGGUGCCCCAGCUGCCCCUGCACAUCGAGGUCUCGGACACGGAACUCAACCAGAUCAAGGGCUGGAGGGUGCCCAUUGUCACCAGUAAGAGGCCAGCCCAGGACAGCGAGGAGGACGAGGAGGAGGAGGAGCGGCGUGGCCGGGGCUGUACCCUUCAGCACCAGCAUGCCACAGUGCGGGUGCUCACCCAGUUUGUGGCCGAGGCAGCUGAGCCGGCAGGGCACCUGGCCCACCUGCUGGGCUCCGACUGGCAAGUGGACAUCACAGAACUGGUGCACGGCUUCAUGCAGGUGGAGGACCCCAGGGUGGCCCGGCUGCAGGGUGGACAGGUCCUCGUCGGACAGGAGCUUGGGAUGACCACCAUCCAGAUCCUGUCUCCCCUGUCGGAUGCCAUCUUGGCUGAGAAGACGGUCAUGGUGCUGGACGAGAAGGUGGCCAUCACAGACCUCGGUGUCCAGCUGGUGACGGGCCUGUCACUGUCCCUACAGCUCAGCCCGGGCAGCAACAGGGCCAUCUUCGCUACAGCAACUGCUCAGGAGCUGCUGCAGAGGCCCAAGCAGGAAGCGGCCAUCAGUUGCUGGGUCCAGUUCAGUGAUGGGUCUGUCACACCCUUGGAUAUUUAUGAUGGGAAAGACUUCUCCCUCAUGGCCACAUCCCUGGAUGAGAAGGUGGUAUCUAUCCACCAAGACCCCAAAUUCAAGUGGCCUAUAAUUGCUGCUGAAACAGAAGGGCAGGGGGUACUGGUGAAGGUCGAAAUGGUCAUCAGCGAGUCAUGCCAGAAAUCCAAGAGGAAGAGUGUGCUGGCCAUCGGGAGCACCAACGUCCAAGUGAAGUUCGGCCAAAAUGACGCAAACCCCAACACCAAUGACAGCAGACAUUCAGGGGUAGGAGUUCAGCUGGAGAAUCAUGUCGGCUACAAGAGACCCAGGAACCCCCUUCAAGGAUGGAUUGACCAAGAGGGACAAUACUAUGGCAGUUCCUCCUUGGGCCUCAUGGAAGGAAGGGGGAGCACCACAGAGAGGUCAACCUUCCAGAGGAAAGAUGCCCAGGAGAGCCUCUUAGAUGGUGACAGCCACUUCCAAACCAUCCCCGUGGACCUUACCAGCUUCCCAGCCCAGGUGGACGUGCCCAGAAGCAAUGGGGACAUGGACGAGAGUGACCUCAUGCAGACGUCCAAGGGGCUGAGUGACUUGGAGAUCGGAAUGUAUGCUCUUCUGGGUGUCUUCUGCCUGGCCAUCUUGGUCUUCCUUAUAAACUGUGUGGCCUUCGCGCUGAAGUACAGGCACAAACAGGUUCCUUUUGAGGAGCAGGAAGGGAUGAGCCGUUCCCAUGACUGGGUAGGGCUGAGCAACCAGGCAGAGCUGCUGGAGAACCCCAUCAAUUUCUCCUCACCAGAAGAGCAGAUGACAGCCAUCGACAGAGACUGUGAGGAGAGCAAGUACCUCCUCAGCACAAGCGCUCAGAAGAGCAGCAAUGGCCAGCUGUUCAGACCAUCAGGACUCACGGCCACUGACCAGAAGAGCGAGCCCCCAGCCUCCCCUACCUCCAAACGGAAACGAGUGAAAUUCACCACCUUCACCACCAUCUCUGCGGAGGAUGGCUACCCCACAGUGAACUCGCUGGUGAUGAGCAGUGAGGACGAUAUUAAGUGGAUCUGCCAGGACCUGGACCCCGGAGAAUGCUCAGAACUACACAACUACAUGGAACGGUUACAUGAGGGUGUUUAA